AUGGCCCGGGGCGGCGGCCAGAACUGGACCUCAGGGGAGGCGGAAGGACGGACGGAAAACCCCGAGCCAGAGGAGGUGGGAGCGAAGAUGGUCAAGGAGACCGAGUAUUAUGACAUUCUGGGGGUGAAGCCCAGCGCCGCCCAGGAGGAGAUCAAGAAGGCGUAUCGAAAGCUGGCGCUUAAGUAUCACCCAGACAAGAACCCGGACGAAGGCGAGAAGUUUAAACUCAUCUCCCAAGCUUAUGAAGUACUUUCAGAUGUAAAGAAAAGGGAAAUUUAUGACCAGGGUGGCGAGCAGGCUAUUAAAGAAGGAGGCACAACAAGCGGUAACUUCUCAUCACCCAUGGACAUUUUUGACAUGUUCUUUGGCGGUGGAGGACGGAUGACUAGAGAGAGAAGAGGUAAGAAUGUUGUGCAUCAGCUAUCUGUAUCACUUGAAGACAUAUAUAAUGGAGUCACAAGGAAACUAGCACUCCAGAAAAAUGUAAUUUGUGAAAAAUGUGAAGGAGUUGGUGGGAAAAAGGGAUCCGUUGAAAAAUGCCCCAUCUGCAAAGGGAGAGGAAUGCAAAUUCACAUCCAGCAGAUUGGGCCAGGAAUGGUACAGCAGAUUCAAACAGUGUGUCUUGAAUGUAAAGGCCAAGGUGAAAGAAUUAACCCAAAGGAUCGAUGUGAGAACUGUAAUGGAUGUAAAGUUGUAAGAGAGAAAAAAAUUAUAGAAGUUCACAUAGAAAAAGGUAUGAAAGACGGACAAAAGAUUAUGUUUCAUGGAGAAGGAGAUCAGGAGCCUGAGCUGGAGCCAGGGGAUGUUAUAAUUGUGCUUGAUCAGAAGGAUCACGGCGUCUUUCAGAGAAGAGGUCAUGAUUUGAUAAUGAAAAUGAAAAUUCAGCUCACUGAAGCUUUGUGUGGCUUCAAAAAGACAAUAAAAACACUGGAUAAUCGAACUCUUGUUAUAACUUCUAAGCCAGGUGAGGUGAUAAAGCACGGUGACUUAAAAUGUGUACGAAAUGAAGGCAUGCCUAUCUACAAAGCACCACUAGAGAAAGGGUCUCUCAUCAUACAGUUCUUGGUUAUCUUUCCUGAAAAACACUGGCUCCCCCAAGAAAAAUUGCCUCAGUUAGAAGCUUUACUUCCGCCGCGACAAAAAAUAAGAAUCACAGACGACAUGGAUCAAGUAGAACUCAAGGAAUUUAACCCCAACGAGCAGAACUGGCGCCACAGCGCAGAAGCGUAUGAAGAGGAUGAUGAGGGCCCCAGGGCGGGAGUGCAGUGCCAGACGGCAUGACGUGGUGUGGCGUGGCGCGGACUAGCAAACUGAUGAAUGUAAAGUUGGCACAAUGAAAAUGGCAUCGCUUUAAUGGCCUCAUGUGUGGG